AUGGCUUCUUUGAACUUGUUUUCCCCACCAAUUCCAAUUACCCAAAGAAGAGUAUUAGUAUAUACUAAAGCUACAUCAGCAAAAAGCUCAGGUGGAAGCAGUGAGGAGAAGUCAAUUCUAGACUUUGUACUUGGGGCAAUAACAAAAGAAGAUCAAUUAUUAGAAACUGAUCCAAUCUUGAAAAAAGUUGAAGGUAAGAGUACUGGCACCACUACUAUCAGCAGCAAGAAAUCAGUUUCUUCACCUCCUAAGAAGAAUUCCGAUGGCGGUUUCGGAGGGUUUGGCGGCCUCUUCGCGAAGAAAGAAUGA